AUGAGCGCUGAGCCGAGCUAUCCAGGGGUUGCUCCACCUCCAUCUGGUGUCAUCCCAGACCUGGCGCACCCACCGGAUGCCGGGCGGGCGCUGCUCUUGGUUUGGGUCACUGUGUGCGAUGUCCUCGCGACCGUCUUCUUCCUUACCCGCGUAUACGUGAAGAUCUGGGUGACGCGCAAAAUCCUGAUUGAAGAUGGAACGUGUACAAUAGCUUGGGCCUUGAUGCUCCUGUACUCGGCAACCGUCUAUCUGAUGGCGCACCAUGGAGAAGGCCACCAUGCAUGGGACGUAUCGCGAGAGGCGUACUCGCAGAUUUUGAAGUGGCUCUACGCCGGAUCGAUCGUUUACUGCCCGACUGCGUACUUUACCAAAGUCACUCUCCUGUUGCUCAUUGCCCGGGUGUUUGCGGUCAGGGAGUGCGUCGCUAAUAGUAUCCACAUCUUCAUUUUCGCACUCCUGGUCGCCUACCUCCCGAUUCAGAUUGCCAAAACGGUCGUCUGCACACCCGUCAGAGCCUACUGGGACAGCUCUGUGCACGGUACAUGCCUCAACCAGCGCAAGAUCUUCCUCUCAGACAUAUCUCUUGCCAUCUUCACCGACUUUAUCAUCCUGCUCAUACCCGUUCCCUUAACUUGGUCGCUACGCACGCCUAUACGGAAGAAGAUCAAGAUUGUUGCGCUGCUCAGCGCUGGAGGGAUUGCCACUGCUGUGACGGUCUUCCGUCUUUACUUGGCCAUCAAUUUCGUACACUCAACUGACGUUACAUCAGACUUUGUGGCCCAAAACAUAACUGUUAUGAUCGAGGUUACGAUCGGGCUAAUAUGCUCGUGUAUCCCCGCCGCGAGCAUUCUCAUAAGACAUUGCUGGCCAACGCGGCCAUCGGUCCGCCCCAAUUGUCCACGCUCCAGCUGGAGAGGAUGGGGACCCAACGAGACAAGAGCAACCAUUUCUUCUCCUAUGUCUACGAUGAGGAGCCCACCAGUGAAUUUCGAGGUCGAGCCCGCCAUAUUGUCUAGGCAUCCAGGGCAGAUAACCAGAGAUGAGACAAAAGAGACCGACUAUGAUCACUUGUUCAAUGGAUGGGCUAACUCCGUGUCCUCGAGGGAGGGGAGGCGGGACGGAUGGCUUGGCCCGAGAUAG